AGACACUGUAUGGCACCGUGCAUUCCAAUCAUUGCACUGGAGCCAUCACGAAAAUUUCGCCAUGCCAAAUCAAUUUUUCAUAACAAGCCCGGAGAUCGCAACCGUUGGUCAGAGUGGUCAAGCUUACUUGCAGAGGUACGACCUAUGAUACCAUUAUAAUCAACCGCUGUCGUCGUCGUCGAUAUGUUCGAUUUUCAGUCUCGGCCUCUUCGGCAAUCGCUGCGCUGCACUUUCCAGUGUCUGUAUCGGGCUACGACUCACUGUAUUCCUCCUUUCUAUUAUGUUCAUUGCAACGAUCAGAACUGUGGUAAUUGUUCUGGCCGUCGCCUGCAUCGGGAUCAAUAUUUUCAAUUUGCGCGCGGACUGUAGAUUGGUGCUCUUCACUUGGACUGUUGAUCUGAAUGCUUAUGAGCUGGAACGAACCGCCAAUGUGACGAACACGGUGUCUGAUGUUCUUGGCGUCGUUGGAAUUCAGUUGGAUAACUCUAAUCGGAACUUCGAUAUAUUAGAUUAUUACGUUGAGGGGGACGAUGGACUUUACUUUGGACUCAAUGGCUUUGCCUUUGUCAACAGCAAAAGUUCAGAAUAUUGGAACAAGAAAUAUAAGUGUGUUCCGUUCGACUCGCUACCCGAGACAAAAAUUACGAUGACGGAGGAAGACGUCAAGUUCUUCGACUCGAUAAAAACUGUUGCCAUCCUGUCUUCUUAUUUUGGUUUUGCAGGAGUGCUCUGCGCAUUUGUGGAGUUUCUCUUUUGUGUCUUUUAUCCGAGCGUCAUCGCAGGCUCCGUUUUCUUGGCGCUAGCCGCGUUUAUGAACUGUGUGUAUUUGUUGUUAUAUUAUCUUGGAAGCGUAGAAUGGUCAGUACCACUAAAGGAAAAAUGCUCAAAACAAUUAGAUAUUGACCUUUGAUUGUUGUUUUUGCGUCGAAUACAUUGUUUGCUCAUCCUUUCUUCCUUUUUUGAUAUCUUUCUUUCCGUUCUAAUAAAACGAUUUUGCAAUACGAAAGUUUCACUGCAGGGAUGUGUAAACCGGACCUGAAUUUUUUUUCCUAUUUAUUUACUACGGGAGGGUUUUUCUUUGCGAGCUGUCUAUUGGUCUUCGGAUUUAGAACCUACCCCUGGUUCUUGCGAAAGAAUCGAGAUCCCGCAAAUUGUAAGGUUGUUGAGGCAGACAUUGUCGAUGAAGAGGGGUACGAUCGGUCGGAGCAUCAAGAAGAGCAAGGUGGUGGCGUCCCAAUCGAGGCCUACCGGGAACUGGAAGAGGAGCUCGCUGAAACAAAGCGGAGAAUGCUCCGAGCCGAACGAGAACUCCAGGAUUAUCUUGCCCAGAAGGCCGGGAAAACAUCGCCUCACACCGGCAGAGGCCACACUGAAAGUAAUGCUUCGAACGACAAACGCAUUGCAUUCAGACACUACGGCUCGCAACCCGCGGAAUAAGAAUCACAAGAGAAAAUCGAUGGAUGAACCAAUGGGAAGCCACCAGGUUUCGACGAAAGAAAAGGAUGAACGAAUC